GGAAGCUCAGCAGUGUCUGCUGUUCCCAUUCCUUAGCCAUAGGAAACAAUAUGUUUGCAUUUUGAUGUAAACCUAGCAAACUAAAGAUGAAGAUGACACGUUGAUUACUUGUUUGAAAUUAACCAAAUCCCAAGAAAAGAAAACGAAUAAUGUUAGCACAAGCAGGAAGGAAGAAAUGGAGAUUAGGUCGGAUACUCUUUCUGCAACACAGGGUACAUCCAACACUUUAAAUGACUGCAACUUGGAAGAUAAAUUAGCUUGGUAUGAAGGUGAAGCUUACAUAUGGCAUCACUGGAAGCCUUUUCCUGAAAACCCUCUCUGGACAUGUGUUGAUUUCCAAAUAGCCGAGGUUGGACCCUGGGGCCACUGCUCCUCUUGUGUUCACCACACACGUCUCAAGUCUUCCUGCUCAGAUAUGGAUCUCCUACAUUCAUGGCGAAGCAGCAGUUUUGGGAAUUUUGAUCGUUUUCGGAAUAAUUCUAUAUCAAAACCAGAUGAUUCAGCUGAGGUACGUAAUGGAGAUCCCAUACAUGAAAGUGGAGAACCAAGUAAAAGUUCAAAUAAUGGAGGAGGUUUGGGUAAAAAAAUGAGAACUAUUUCUUGGACAAUGAAGAAAAAAGUGGGUAAAAAGUACAUCAAAGCCCUUUCUGAGGAAAAGGAUGAAGAACAUGGAGAGAAUGCCCUCCCAUAUAGGAACAGUGACCCUGUGAUUGGGACCCACACAGAGAAGGUGUCCCUCAAAGCCAGUGACUCCAUGGAUAGUCUCUACAGUGGACAGAGCUCAUCAAGUGGCAUAACAAGCUGUUCAGAUGGUACAAGUAACCGUGACAGCUUUCGACUGGAUGACGAUGGCCCCUACUCAGGACCAUUCUGCGGCCGUGCCAGAGUGCAUACGGAUUUCACACCAAGUCCCUAUGACACUGACUCUCUCAAAAUCAAGAAAGGAGACAUCAUAGACAUUAUCUGCAAAACACCAAUGGGGAUGUGGACGGGAAUGUUGAACAAUAAAGUGGGAAACUUCAAAUUCAUUUAUGUGGAUGUCAUCUCAGAAGAGGAAGCAGCCCCCAAGAAAAUAAAGGCAAACCGAAGGAGUAACAGUGAAAAAUCCAAAACUCUGCAGGAGUUCCUAGAGAGGAUUCAUCUUCAGGAAUAUACCUCAACACUUUUGCUCAAUGGUUAUGAGACUUUAGAAGAUUUAAAGGAUAUAAAAGAGAGUCAUCUCAUUGAAUUAAAUAUUGAAAACCCAGAAGACAGAAGGAGGUUACUAUCAGCUGCUGAAAACCUCCUUGACGAAGAAAUUACUCAGGAGCCAGAAAAUGAACCUGUGCCCCUAUCCUUGAGCCCAGACAUCUGCUUAAAUAAGUCACAGUUAGAUGAUUGCCUAAGGGACUCUGGUUGUUAUAUCUCAUCAGGAAAUUCAGAUACUGGCAAAGAGGAUCUGGAGUCUGAAAAUCUGUCCGACAUGGUACAUAAGAUUACUAUCACAGAGCCAAGCAACUGAACACACAUUCUCAACUGUAUACCUACAGAUGAGUUCCAUUUUAACUCUUCUUGAGCUAAAACAUCAAACCAGGAGAGGAAAUAAAUAUUUGUAAAUAAAACCUAGAGUUUAAAUGUUUUAAUCUGAAUAAUUGUACAUAAAAUUUUGUAUCUCUAACAUUCCAAAUUAUUGUCAAUAAAACACAUAUUUAUUAUUUUAAAUGCUAUAUGUUAAUAUUUCACUUGCAUGUAUUAGAAAGGUAUAAUGUAAGACUUCGGUAUGUGUGAUGUAUGCUUUAUUUUAUAAAUACAGUACCUGCAAAAAACAAAGUAACCUUUUUUCAUACCUGCCAGUUUUGAAUUUGUAUGUUAUUGAACGAAUAGUAAUAGAGAAAUCUCUGUGGAAACAAGUGGUCCAAGCAAUGUUAUAUUCAUUUUUAUACUAAUUGGGAAAGUGUGAGUUAAUAUUGGACACAUUUUAUCCUGAUCCACAGUGGCAUUUUAGUAAUUAUGUUUUCUUGGUUUCUUCACUUUGUUUUCUGGUAUAAAAGUAUAGAUAAUGUGUUGUCACUUCUGACUUAGUGAAACCAAUUGUAAUAAUUAUGCAGAUGUUUUCAUCUUUAAGUGUAAAUAUUUUUAAGUUUGACAUACCCUGAUGUUAAUAAUAAAAAGAACUAUUUGCA